UAGAGCUCCUUGGAAAUUUUGAUAGUGGCGGGUCCCUUAGAAUCGAUAACAUCAAACCGCCGUAACUUUUUUAUUAUCAACCAAGUCGCUACCAAUACCUACUGGGCCUCCAUAUCUAUAUAAUACAACAUUCCCAAUUCAAUUCGCUGAACCUGAAAUUGGAGUACGGAUCAAAUCUUAGAGAACCCUUUAUAAUUACUUCGCAAGUCCCUUUUGAGGGCAAAUCCAUUCAUCAUGCCUCAAAACGAGUACAUGGAGCGUUUCCGCAAGACGCACGGCCGGCGUCUGGACCACGAGGAGCGCAUGCGCAAGCGGGAAGCGCGCGAGGGCCACAAGGCGUCCAAGGACGCGCAGAACCUGCGGGGCCUGCGGGCGAAGCUGCACCAGGCGAAGCGGCACAAGGAGAAGAUCCAGAUGCGGAAGCAGAUCAAGGCGCACGAGGAGCGCAACGUCAAGUCCGCCUCCGAGAACGACCCCAAGACCCCGCUCCCCAACUACCUGCUCGACCGCUCCAACCCGUCCCAGGCGAAGGCCCUCAGCACCGCCGUCAAGAACAAGCGCGCCGAGAAGGCCGCCAAGUUUGCCGUCCCCUUGCCCAAGGUGCGCGGCAUCAGCGAGGAGGAGAUGUUCAAGGUCGUUAGUACCGGGAAGAAGGUCGCUAAGAAGAGCUGGAAGCGCAUGGUUACCAAGCCGACGUUCGUCGGGCCAGAUUUCACCCGGCGGCCUGUCAAGUACGAGCGUUUCAUACGGCCUAUGGGUUUACGAUACAAGAAGGCCAACGUGACGCACCCGGAGCUCGGCGUGACGCUGCAGCUGCCCAUCGUCAGCGUGAAGAAGAACCCGCAGCAGCCGCUGUACACGCAGCUCGGCGUCCUGAGCAAGGGCACCAUCAUCGAGGUCAACGUCUCCGAGCUCGGCCUCGUCACCGCCGGCGGCAAGGUCGCCUGGGCCCGCUACGCCCAGAUCACCAACAACUGCGAGAACGACGGCUGCGUCAACGCUGUCCUGCUGGUUUGACGUGGUUGUGCGCCUGUGCAUGCAUGUAUGCAUGCGUAGGUACAUACAACUCCCCAUUCGUCUGAGAGUUAACUAAGGAAAAUGUCGAAUGGGAGGGGGAGGGGAGAAGGAUGGC